GGUGAAUUUGGACCAUGGUUAAGAAUGUUUAGAAAUGCAAGAGUUUGUGACCAUGAUGUAUUGGCUAGUAAUAACAAUAAUGAUACAAAUGAAACAAAAAUUAUGCCAGCUACAGUCAAUGAACAUAUUAAACAUGAAAUAAUAAAUUCGAAUACAUCCAUGGAUAACAAUAGUCCUGCUGAAGGAUCAAAUGAUUCAUGUAGUGGUGAAUCUAAUUUGACCAAAUCUAAUAAUUAUGGACUUGGAUACGUUACCAAGCAUUUGAAACGUUUCUCAACUUCAGCAAUUAGAAAUUGGUCAAGAUCUAUAUCCAUAAAACGUCGUAAUAGAAGAAAUAGUGGUAAUAUAAUAUCAGGAACGUCUCCUAAUAGGCAAGAAUAUGGUAAAUCAGAUAAAAGAUGGCUUUAUUCAGAUUCAACGGUGCUUUCUAUUGAAAUCUUGACAUUCUUAUUCUGCGGACCAUUAUCAUUAUAUGUACUCUACUUGCUAACAAUCUCUAAUUCAACAAAUAAUAUAACCAAAGAACAUGAAGCAAGUUCCACAACUCAAUUUUCUAACAUUUCUUCCACUUCAAUUAAUCCUUCUAAUAACUCUUACAACCCUUCUUCUAACAACUCUUCUAUUCCGACUUCUCUUGAAGCUGCUUCUCCAAAUAAUUUCAAACCAACUACUAUCAUAUGCGGUAGUAUCAUAAUAGCUAGUCUAUCAUAUUUCCUUUCAAAGACAUCGUCAUUAUCUUUAUCAUCAUCUUUAAAAAAAAAUCAACAAAUAGAAGAAGAGGUCAAUUUUCUAGAAUCAAAAGUUUAUUCAACUUCAUUGGUGAAUCGAUUACUAAAUGAUCCGUCUUAUAUACACAAUAUGGGUUAUGACAUUCUAAAACCUGAUAGAAAAACAAAACAUUUAACUGCUAACACUUUACAAGGUAAAGGGAAAUUCAUCAUGAGGCCAAUAGUUUUCUAUUCCAGCGAGAAGAUGGAAAGCAUUAUGUUUUUGCAUGUUGGCAACGAUUUGUGUGGUCAUGAUGGCGUCAUUCAUGGUGGAUUAUUAUCAACAAUUAUGGAUGAAGGGUUGACAAUAACUGUAAUUCCAUCAUUACCAGAUAAAAAUGGAGCAACAGCAUUUCUACACGUGAAUUUUCGUAAACCAUGCAAAGCAAAUCAAAUAUUGGUUUGUAAAUGUAAAGUUACAAAAAUUGAGGGUAGAAAAGGUUUUGUUGAAGGAAGGUUAGAAACAUUCGAUGAAGGUGUUGUUUUGGUAGAUGCUAAUGCAUUAUUUAUAAGUGAUUUUGAUAAAGAUGAUGAGGGUGACAAGGGUGAUAAUACUGGUGAUGUUGAUAAGAAUGAUGGUGUCUUUGGCUUUUAUUUUGAAUUCUAA